AUGACCAAAAAACUCUAUAAUGAUAUUAUGAUAAUUGGUUGUAAUAAAAAUUUGGAGAAUGAAUCUGUUCGAAUUGACUUCGAAUGUGAUAUUAUAUUAGACAAUAUUAAAGAAACAGAAGAUAGUUCUUAUGAAAUUUUAAGAAAAAUUGCUAAUUUGAUUGGUGCUGUUGGUGUAGUAAAAUUUGACAGCGAUCCUGGGAGCAUAGGUGAAGAUCUCU